AUGUCAACAGCAGAAGCCACGUUCAGUUUACUGGACGAAGAGGAGGAACGAGAUGAAGUUGGACCAUCCUCCACAUCCGUCGCCCCGCCCCCCAAGAACCGCCCAUCCCUCCGAUCAAUCUCCCUUUCCCAGGCUCCAAGUGCUCCACGGGACCUAGAAAAUGGGAAUGGACAAAACAGUUGUGCAGAGCUUCAUAAGCUCACUGCUGGCUCGACUACUUCACUGACGUCCCAGUCAAAAAAUGCCAAAAAGGUUAACAAAUUCUACAAGAAGCAAAAUGAGCUAUUGGAGAACUUUAAGAAUGAUAGCGAGCAGAUUGAGCAAUUCAACAGAACUCGACGACGGACCACUAGCAAGGAGGAGGAUGACAUUGAAGAGAUAAUUGCGUCGAUACCGCCAGUGAUUCCAGAGGAUAAGCCACUGGUGGCUCCAUUGGUGAAACAUAUCGAUGGAACAGACGAACCGGAAGUAGUUAUCUUCGACGUGCCACGCAGUCCUAGGAAUCCUAGACGAAAGCCAAUGGAAAGGACGAACACUGAAGAAAAAUCGUUCGAUGAGAAGAAGGAGGACGAGUCAGGCUCGGCGGCUCGCAUGGCGAAGAUCACACUUUCAGUGAAUUUCAUGCUCAUGGUGGCCAAGGUGGUGGCAUCUGUCUUAUCCGGCUCAAUGUCCAUCAUUUCGUCUAUGGUGGAUUCCGUAGUGGAUAUCACCUCAGGACUUGUGAUCUCACUUUCGGAACGAAUGAUCAAAAAGCGGGACCCGUAUUUGUAUCCAAGAGGAAGAACUCGUUUAGAACCACUGGCACUGAUUUUGAUUAGUGUUAUCAUGGGAAUGGCAUCGAUUCAAUUGAUCAUAUCGUCAGUCAGAGGAAUCCAUGAUGCAGUUCAAUAUGAUCUUCAUGGAAUCGGAGAAGAGCCGAAGCUCAAUGUCACCAUUACCUCUGUAGUCAUUAUGGUCUCCACUGUCCUUAUCAAAUUAUCCCUCUACGUUACCUGCAAACGGUACAAAGAACCAUCUGUUAACGUUCUUGCUAUGGAUCAUCGCAACGAUUGUAUCUCCAACACAGUGGCUCUUCUUUGUGCAUGGCUCGGAACUAAAUACUCCUAUUACUUUGACCCAGUUGGUGCUAUUAUAGUAUCUAUGUACAUUCUGUACACAUGGGUGCAGACUGGAAGAGAACACUUGGCAAAACUGUCUGGAAAAACUGCAGAGCCCGAGUUUAUCAAUAGGAUAAUCAAAGUUUGUUUGGACCAUGACAGUCGGAUUUCUCAUAUUGAUACGGUUUAUGUUUAUCAUUUUGGAAGCAAGUUUUUGGUUGAGGUCCACAUCGUUCUCGACGAAAAUAUGAUUCUUCGUGAAUCCCACGACAUCAGUGAGACCCUACAAUCCAACAUUGAAAGUUUGCCGGAAGUUGAACGAGCAUUUGUCCACACUGACUAUGAUUAUGAUCAUCAUCCUAAUGACGAGCAUAAAGUUGUUUAA